UGUACCCGAUAUGUCUACUCCAGUUUCUCAGGUGGAUACGCAGUUUACAGACACACAGGGUAAACAUGGUGACGGUGGCAAGAACAUGCCGACCAAUACAAACGUCACUCCUAAAGCAACACCACACAUGGAUCCUGACGCGCCGAUAUUUGAUGCGACACCGCAAAUCAAGUCUACUGGCGGCGUACAACAAGUGGCAGAAACAGACUUGCCUGACAGUGGUCCAUGCUUUGAUCAGACUCCAUCUGAACAUGUUUAUGUUGAAACCGAUCCAGCUACAAACACUCCACAGGUUGGCCAGGCUUCUCUUGAUUCGGAGAUGCAAACUGUGUUAGCUCUACGCGAAUAUUUGUGUGGUCUGCAAUCUGACACCGGCAGGACCAUAAUAGAUUAUGGUGAAUAUUCAGCGACAUGUUCUGACAUAUAUGAAUCUUUUGCCGAUGGGAAGUGUCUCGACAAUGGAUUCAUGCAGUGUUUCAUCCAAUGUGUUAUUGAUGAUGCAAAAAAUCAGCACACUUCCAUGAGUUCGAACAGUUUGGUUCUUGAUGUUAAUGUUGGGGUAAACUAUUGUAACUUACAUACACCAUUUUCAUAUACAAAUUAG